AUGCGACUGAAAGCCAGCUACACACUCGCAGACACUCGAUGGUUACGAGGGAUCGAGCCCUUUCAGACGAGCUCCGUUGAAUUGACGUCGCAAGUGGAGGAAUUCGACCCAUUUCGAAAUUUUGAUGAAACAUCUACGUGCACAUCAUGCCGGAUUCCACUUCCCGAGGAGCGACAAGGGAUUCUCGAUCAUUAUCGCAGCGAUUGGCAUCGUCACAACGCAUCUCGGGCGCUACGGGGACAAGAACCUCUAGCUGAAGAAUUGUACGAAGAAGAGGUCGAAAAAGAUGAAGUUUCCUCACUUUCUUCCGAUAGCGAUGAUGAUGUAUUUUUGGAUCGUUUGCUUGGCUCUACUCAUGAGUACUUCAUUCAAGAUGGACAGGUAUUUUCCGUUUACAAAUGCAUUGUUUCUCCGGAAAGGCCAUUGGACUCGAAUUUUUCCGAA